AGGAGAGCCAAAGCGAGUGUCUUAAAAUAGAGAGGCUGGCAGAGGAGCGCGAGACACCGCGAGGCGGGAGGAGGCGAGCGAGAGAGGCGGGCACGAGGCGUGCAGGUCCGAGGCCGGCUUGCACGGGCGGACUGGGCGGGGUGGGCGCCGACGCCCCUCGGCGCGGCUCAGCACCGGGCCCCGCAGGAAGCGCACACUGAUUGACAGCUGCGCUGUCCCAAAAAGGCUCCGCGAAGAUGCUGAUCCGCGGGUGGGUCUAGACGCGCGGCCGGCGCGCCCGGUGCCCGCUCCCCUCCGCGCUCCUCCCUUGCCCGCCGCCUCCCCGGGCGGCCAAGGAGCGGGGCUGAGGCCCCCGCAGGCGCGCCAGCCCCCGCGGCCCCGUCCGGCCGGCGCUCUCCCCGGCUCACCAUGCACUGCCACGCGGAGCUGCGGCUGAGCUCGCCCGGCCAACUCAAAGCAGCCAGGCGGCGCUACAAGACUUUCAUGAUCGACGAGAUCCUUUCCAAGGAGACCUGCGACUACUUUGAGAAACUUUCCCUCUACUCCGUUUGCCCGUCGCUGGUCGUGCGACCCAAGCCCCUGCAUUCCUGUACCGGCCCCGCUUCCCUUCGGGCAUACCCUCUCCUCUCAGUGAUCACCCGACAGCCCGCGGUCAUCUCCCACCUGGUCCCUGCCCCCCCGGGAGCUGCCCAGGCCUUGUCCUGCCACCCGGCCUCCGAGGCCUCCUGUGCUGAGGCCCCGGGGGGCGAGGCUCUGGGCAGCAGCGAGUCGGAGACGGAGCAGCCCACACCGCGGCAGAAGAAGCCCCGCCGGAGUCGUACCAUCUUCACUGAACUGCAGCUCAUGGGCCUGGAGAGGAAGUUCCAGAAGCAGAAGUACUUGUCCACCCCAGACAGGUUGGACUUGGCCCAGUCUCUGGGACUCACUCAACUGCAGGUGAAGACUUGGUAUCAGAACCGCAGGAUGAAGUGGAAGAAAAUGGUUCUUAAAGGUGGACAGGAAGCACCCACAAAACCCAAAGGUCGUCCCAAGAAGAACUCCAUCCCCACCUCGGAAGAGAUUGAAGCUGAAGAGAAGAUGAACAGCCAGGCCCAGAGCCAGGAGCACCUUGCACCCUCCCAGAGACAGGAGGAGCUCUGUGACCCACAGGAACCAAAAGCAUGCGAUGUCCCCUUAGAGGUGGCAGAGCCCCCCGGCCAGCCCCAGGAGUUGCCAGUAGCCUCUUCGGAACCCCCACCAUCAAGCUAAAAUAAAAACUCUUUCGGGGGAAGGGGGAGAUGGGGAGGAAUGGAAAGAGGGAAGUCAGGGAGAAUAGAGAGAGAUCCGCUUCCCAAAGCCUGGUAAACUUGGGGAGAAGAGAUCCGCGUCUCCCAACCCCCACGGGUCUCAGUGGUUUUCAUUACAAGCAUUUGACGAAGACUUGCUUGCCUUAGGCCUUUCUCUUCCUGAAAGGCUGCUUUAGCCACGGGAUGCCCUUGACAAGGGAGACAGUGCCUUGGAACUGCCUGCCCCCACGGGGGUGGGGGGGGGGCUGGGUACCAGAACCCUGCCCCCGUGCUCAGCCCCCUGCCCUGGGCUGGCGCGGUGGCGGGUGGAGGACGCCCCGGCUCGCUCCCUGCCAGCCCCUGGGCAGCCAGUCAUCAAAGCAGAGCGAUCAUAGAGGAGCUUGGGACGGAAGGCCUGGCUUCCUUGCUGACUCAGCACUUAUUUCUGUCGUUUUAAAAGAGAAUUUAAUGUUUUUGGUUGUUUUUUUGGGGGGGUGGGGGGCCGGUGAGGGUGGGCAAAGAAGAGUUGGGGGAAGCGAGUUCUGAGUUAUUAGAAUUGUUUCUGAAUAAAGUUCGUUUUGAAGACACGUGUGCCUUUGUACCCAUUAUAAGACGGUGAGGUGACCCAAGAACCGGGAAGCCUUGGUUUUCUUGCUUUAUUGAGUUGUCCCUGAAACUGCAAAGCAGAUAUGUUAAGAUAACUUUUAUUUUUUAAUUAAAAAUAAAUCUUU